GUACUCUCUAGGAAUGUUUAGUUAGCUUAUGAGAAUAAUUGUAUGGUUACGUUUUACCGUUCUUUAAAACUAAAACUGUUAUUAAAUAAAACUAUUAAAGAUAUAAUUUUAAAACCAGUGGACUAAGUUAUGCCAAGAAACGAUACUAUAAUUCAUCUUGUUGCCGGCGGAAUUGGUGGAACAACGGGUGCUAUCGUAACAUGUCCAUUAGAGGUUGUGAAAACGCGACUCCAGUCGUCUGUUGCAAAUUUCAGUAGCGUGAACAUAACACCAGUUCCACCUAGACCCAUGAGUAGCCUGAAUGGUGUUAGCCACCAGUGUCGGCUUCACACUUGCAUCACUUUAAGAAACUGUACCUCUGCCAAAAGAGAGAAUUCAUUCUCGCCAGCUGUUGGUUGUGGUUCUUCAAACACUAGACAACAGUCAUUUGGUAUUUGGCGAUGUCUCAAACACAUUGUACAGAAUGAAGGUGCAAGUGCGCUUUUCAAAGGCUUGGGUCCAAACCUUGUCGGGGUUGCCCCAUCUAGAGCUGUUUACUUUUGCACGUACUCUCAAACCAAGAGCUUUUGUAAUGCACACCUUACACCCGACACACCCUGGGUUCAUGUAUUAUCUGCAGCCAGUGCUGGAUUCAUGUCUUGUUCUCUAACUAAUCCUAUCUGGGUAGUGAAGACCAGAUUACAGCUAGACCAGAGGACAUUUGCAAGUGUUUCAACAAGAGCCUGUAUUCAUCAAAUUUACAACACUGGUGGUCUACGAGGAUUUUACAAAGGUUUAAGUGCUUCCUACUAUGGUAUCUCUGAGACUAUGAUACAUUUUGUAAUUUAUGAGUUUGUAAAAGCAAAACUGCAAGAAUAUUCAUUUCUGAGGAAUAGAAAUUGUCGUGACCCUGACCUCAAAUCUAGCAGAGACUUCUUGGAAUGCAUGUUUGCAGGUGCAGUUUCAAAGAGUUGUGCUUCCUCGGUUGCAUACCCCCAUGAGGUGGUGAGAACACGACUUAGACAGGAAGGAAACAAGUAUAGAUCCUUCUUCCAGACUCUGCUGUUGGUUUUCAAAGAAGAAGGCUAUCGUGGGCUUUACCGAGGUUUAGCUACUCAGUUGGUGAGGCAGAUUCCCAACACGGCCAUCAUGAUGGCAACGUACGAGGCUGUUGUAUACAUCUUGUACAGGAACACUUAAUACCUGAAUAUUUUGAUGGAUGUGUUUGAAGAUGCCACAUCUUUUAGUGGUUGUAAAAUGGAAAGGUUUUGACUAGGAAUAUUUAAAGGAUUCCAUAUAUAUAUAUGUAUACACCAUUGUAUAUCUGUAAAUGUUUACAAUUCAUGCUAAUAAUGAGACAUGAUUUGCUUGUCGUGUGAAAAUGGAAGACUAACCUGAAUAUCUUGUACUAAUAGAUGUAAAAAUGACCUGCUAUGUUGGUACGGUAUAUAACUUUAUAUUAAAAGGUUGACUACCUCACCAUAUACAUAACUGUUGCAUUCUUGAGUAGAAAGCUUACUAGGCCAUUUAAAUUGCCAAAGUAAGAACAUCAAUAUUGAACAAAAGUGAAUAUACAUUAAAAAUUAUCUAGAUUUUUAUAUUGUUCUUUCAUGGAACAUGUUUGAGUUAUGAGAUGAAAAGUUAGUUACAAGGUUUGUUAUUUUAAAGCACAUUGAAGUCUGAGUUUCAUCUUGUGUGUGUGUGUGUGUAACUAGUUCAAUAAGAUCUAAUUUUAUCAAUUUCAGUUUUAAAAUUUCUGUCCUUUACCAAAGAUUAUUUUUUAAAAAGAAAUACAGA